CACUGCUCUACCUCACCACCUCUCUCCGACUUUCGCUACGCCCCCUACGAGCACGCACCUACUCCCGCUCGUCUCGAGCAGUACAUCGACGACGACAUCACCACACUCCGACCGUAUCUUCAAGUAGCCUACAUCACCCAGGCUCAAUACCGCCCAUCAUGCCAUCCCACCAGCCCACCGCUAGUGAGAAUAUGGCGGUCGACCACAAGUUCGUUUCGAAGGAGCGAGAGGGCAAUCCAAUGUCUGCCCCAGAUCCAAAAGAGCCAGUCCGCAACAAGUCUUACGAUCCAAAGAAGCCACACAUCACAGAGACCCCUAUGACUAGGAAGAAUUGGUACAAGCAUGUCAACUGGCUCAAUGUCACGUUGAUCGUUGGCAUUCCGAUCAUUGGCUGCAUCACAGCCUUCUGGACUCCUCUUCGAUGGCAGACUGCCCUUUUCGCUGUCCUCUACUACUUCGCCACUGGUCUCGGAAUCACAGCAGGCUACCACCGACUAUGGGCCCACACCUCAUACUCUGCCUCACUCCCACUCAAGAUCUUCCUCGCGGCUGUCGGUGGUGGUGCUGUUGAAGGCUCCGUCAGAUGGUGGGCCAGAGACCACCGUGCUCACCACAGAUAUACCGACACCGACAAGGACCCAUACAGCGUCCGCAAGGGUCUCCUCUACUCGCAUUUUGGAUGGAUGCUCAUGAAGCAAAAUCCAAAGAGAAUUGGCCGUACCGAUAUUUCUGAUCUCAACGAUGACCCCGUUGUCGUGUGGCAGCACAAGAACUACCUCAAGGUCGUCCUCUUCAUGGGUCUGAUCUUCCCCUGCGUCUUCGCCGGUCUGCUCUGGAACGACUGGAUGGGUGGCCUCAUCUACGCUGGUAUCCUCCGCAUUUUCUUUGUCCAGCAGGCCACCUUCUGCGUUAAUUCGCUUGCCCACUGGCUCGGCGACCAGCCCUUCGACGACCGCAACUCUCCUCGCGAUCACGUCAUCACUGCACUUGUUACGCUCGGCGAGGGAUACCACAACUUCCACCACGAGUUCCCAUCCGACUACCGCAAUGCCAUCGAGUGGCACCAGUAUGACCCAACCAAGUGGUUCAUCUGGACAAUGAAGCAGCUCGGCCUCGCCUACGACCUCAAGCAGUUCCGUGCCAACGAGAUCGAGAAGGGCCGUCUCCAGCAGCAGCAGAAGAAGCUUGACCAGAAGCGCGCCAAACUUGAUUGGGGUGUUCCACUUGAGCAGCUUCCAGUCAUGGAGUGGGACGAUUACGUCGACCAGUCCAAGAACGGCCGUGCUCUCGUCGCUGUCGCCGGUGUUGUCCAUGAUGUGACCGACUUCAUCAACGACCACCCUGGUGGAAAGGCCAUGAUCCGCAGCGGUCUCGGAAAGGACGCAACCGCCAUGUUCAAUGGCGGUGUCUACAUGCACAGCAAUGCAGCCCACAACUUGCUCUCAACGAUGAGAGUCGGUGUGAUUCGUGGUGGCAUGGAAGUCGAGAUCUGGAAGCGUUCCCAGAACGAGGCCAAGGGCUCUAUGAUCUACAAAGACGAGCAGGGCAACCGCAUCGUGCGUGCUGGCGCGCAGGUGACCAAGGUGAUCCAGCCUCCUGCAAGCGCUGAUGCCGCAUAGAUGAUGAAAUGAAUGAGUGGUUUGCUUUUCCCCAUUGGCGCGUUUUAGCGAGCGGCACUAGACACAGGGCGUUCCGAUGAUGAAAAAGGAAGACGGUGGGAUUAUUUCACGACGUUCGUUGUACAUAUAUACCCUUGGCCGCGAGGCAAAGAGAUCGAGUGCUGCGAAAGCGGCGAGAUGAGAAUGUACUGCACACCACAACCCUGGCAAUCAUGGCUUUUCUUUUCCCAUCGCCAUGAAAUCGGAUGUAAUGAUUGACUUACACUUACGGCUUUGACAUUUGGUUUUGGGUCACGGACUUGCGCACUCCAGAGACGUAUCAUCGAUUCAGGCAGAUCAAAGGUGCUUGAUGUUAGAUGGAGAUGGAAAUUAUAAUAGCAUGCAUGAGACAGUAUAAGCAGUUCGCAUUGUAGACAUGCGAGGACCACUUCACGUGUCCUCAAGAAGGAAACUGGAGCACCCACUUCGUCUACGCGAAAAUAGGCUUGAGAGG